AUGGAUAUCAUCAUCAAGGGUGCCAGACCGCAGAAUCCAUCGACCCACGGAGGGGACCAUGGGCCUCUAGAGGAGAUGUUGUGCCGCCCCAGCUGCUGCCUCCAUGUCGUGGCCAUCUUGGUGACGGACCUCAUCAAGACCUCCUCCUCUGCUACGUGCAGCCUCCAGAGACAUCUGGCUUCUGUCCUGGAGAAGGAAGAGGCAAAGGAGCAUUCAGCUGCAGUGGUGGCCUUCUUUGUUGGGCUGCUGACUAACUACAAGAGCCAAUUCCACGUGGAGAUGACCUGGAAGACUCUCAAUUUGAGGAGGAGACACGUCCCAGGAGGUCCUGGUGCUGAAAGUGUCAUCUUUCCCCCAAUCUUAUUCCGUUCACUGGAUGCUGCCCAAGCAGAUUAUGAGCCCCGAGGAGCUCUGCCAGGCAGUCCUCAGUGGACUCGGCAGUUCCAGCCCUGCUAUCACCUUGGAGUUCUUGGGCUUGGCGGAGCAGCUCGGCCUCCAGACACGGGAGGGGGUCUGAACACCCCUGAAUGCCUCCUUGGCUGCCUGGUACCGCUCGCUCUUCACCAAGAGGCGGCAUUUAUCCGACGGGCAGCCCUGAAACAGAUCUGGCCUCUUCAGCAGCACUAGAAAGAUCUCGAGGGGACAACCACCAUCCACACCGUCUUGGCAGUGCUGAUGCACGUGGACGAUGUUGAGGAGAAG